AUGUCAUCAGAGACGUACAACAGAGAGUUUGCAGCACCCGUGUUCAGGCUCAGCGAGUUUGAUCUGCCGAAGGCCAUGGNNCAAGCUCGUCCCUUCCGUGGCAUCAAGCCCGAACCUCCUGCCCGAACAGCUUCUGUCGACACGGUUCCUACGCAACAAGCCCAGCAAACACCCGCCCUAAAGACAGAACCUUCAACGCAAAACAAGAAGCUGGUCUCGCUCAAGGACGGCUCCAAAUACCCCGAAGUCCGCACCUCCUCAAUAGACGUCAAUGCCACUCCGUCCUGGGACCCUGCUGGCAAGCUCAUCACAGAAGUCGACAUUGACGCCGAUCUCGCCGAACACACAAAACCCUGGCGCUUGCCCGGCACCGACCAGACCGACUUCUUCAACUAUGGCUUUGACGAAUUUACCUGGACCCAGUAUUGCUUGCGCCAGCAAAACAUGGCGUCUACCAUCAACAACCAAAAGCAAGAGACCAAGCAAUUCGAGAUGAUGUUGACCGGAGGAGGUAUGCCUGGCCAAGCUGCCCCUCCAGGUCCUCAGGCUGCUCCACCGGGUGGUCCAAUGGGCAUGGGGAUGCCUGGAAUGGGAAUGCCCGGCAUGCCCGACAUGAAUCCCGAAAAUAUGGCUGCCUUUGCCAGCGUCCUGCAAAGCCAAGGCAUCGAUCCCAGUCAACUCGACUUUAACACCUUCAUGCAACACUACCAGCAAGCAUCCAUGGGCGGUGGACAAGGCGGAUAUGGCGGCCAAUCCAUGCAGCCUCAACAAUCGAAUCAAGGCUACGGUGGCCAACAACAACAACAAUCAUUCCAGCAACAAGGUCCACAACCCGGUCAGCAAGGCCAACAAUCUCAGGGUCAAGGCUUUGAUGGUUACAGCCAGCAACAGAUUGCCAUGAUGCAAGGCCAAGGAGGCAUCCCAUCAGGUCCCUCUGGUGGUGGUGGUCGCGGACGCGGUAGAGGUCGGAGAUGGCAAUAG